UCUCUUACACACCUACCUUUGCUGUGUUUAUCUGGCCUCUGCACAAAAUAAAUUCAUAAAAAAAAAAGGAAAAAGAUAUGGAGUUUGUGAGCCCUGAAGGUCUUCGCUUAGAUGGACGUCGUCCCAUGGAGAUGAGACAACUGAGAGCAGAAAUUGGCACUGUUUCUAGAGCUGAUGGGUCAGCAGUUUUUGAAAUGGGUAAUACUAAAGUCAUUGCUGCUGUUUAUGGUCCUAGAGAGGUCCAAAAUAGGAGCCAACAAAUUAAUGAUAAGGCAUUGAUAAGGUGCGAGUAUACGAUGGCUAAUUUUAGUACAGGUGAUCGCAUGAGAAAACCAAAGGGUGACAGGAGAUCCACCGAGAUUUCUUUGGUUAUUCGCCAGACAAUGGAAGCAUGCAUACUGACACAUUUAAUGCCCCGUUCCCAGAUUGACAUUUUUGUCCAAGUUCUUCAAGCAGACGGAGGAACAAGGUCUGCAUGCAUUAAUGCUGCAACAUUAGCCCUAGCAGAUGCCGGAAUUCCAAUGCAGGAUCUUGUUACUUCAUGUAGUGCUGGAUAUUUGAAUAGCACUCCUCUGCUUGAUCUCAAUUAUGUGGAAGAUAGUGCUGGUGGGCCCGAUGUUACUGUCGGGAUUCUACCUAAGUUAGACAAAGUGACUCUUCUUCAGAUGGAUGCCAAGCUACCUAUGGAUAUAUUCGAAAAUGUAAUGCAACUAGCAACUGAAGGCUGCAAAGCAGUGGCAAGUUACAUCCGAGAAGUGUUACUAGAAAACACAAAUCAACUAGAAAAUCGCCGUGGUGUAUAACCUUCAACUUGGGUUAAAUUCCAAAUGCUUUUUGUCAGCUGAUCGAGUUAUUUAAUGCCCUUUUCUCUUCCUGGAUAUGCUUAGAAGCUCAGAAAAAGCGCACCAGUGGGAACAUCUUUAUCAACAUACUGCUUCAGAAUUUCGGUGCAAUGCUGCAAGGAAUUUGUAAAAAAGAAACAAGUGAACUGGUGGGGUAUUUGGUAUUUUGGUUUUGAACUACAGCUAAUACCUUGGAAAUAUGUAGCAUGUUUUUAUGGUAAAUCUGAAGCUUUCAUGUUUUGAAAACCAGUGUAUCUGUUUUGAUCAAACCUAAAUGAAACUUGCUUUCUGUCUUAA